CACCUAAACUAAUAAACCCCCACAUUGCUGUGAACUUUUUCUUUCGCGCUCUUGAGUAAGACUCACGAGUCACGACCUCAAGUUUUCCGAGGGGUGUUGCUCGUCUCCUUGGAGCUUCUGAUCUUGUAUACCCUUAGACCUUCUGGUCACUACCAGGCAAGAUGGAAUACGUCGUCCUUACCGGAGAGUCUUGCUUCACGCCCUCCGAGGCCAAUAAGUUAAAAGAUCGCGCCAACCAGAUCGCAUCUACUAAGGUCACCAAUAUCCUAGGCACAUGGAUUUAUUACGCGCAUAUCAAAGGGGACAAGAACGUUGCUGGACCCAAACUCCAACAGCUGCUCCCAUUGCCUAGAGAUGCUAGCCCGUCGCCUCCAACACAUACUGGACAUACGCGCACUUAUUACAUAGCCCCCAGGAAUAUCUCACCAUGGAGCUCCAAGGCUACCAAGGUCUGCGAAGUCUGCGGCCUUGGAGACCAGGUUCACCGAGUUGAACGGGGGCGCUCUGUCACCUUAGAAUUCGAGGAGCCCUUGAACGACGAUGAGAUUCCAUUCAAGGAUUUACUAUUCGAUAGGAUGACGGAAACUAUAUCCACAACCGAGCCAGAUCUUGACUCUAUGUUCAUAGAGCGGGAACCCUUACCCCUAGAAGUUGUUGAUAUAUUUUCCGGAGACCAAAGUCCUAUUGAUAUGUUGAAAGCAUACAAUGCCGAACACGGCCUGGCCCUGGAUCAGUCUGAAAUGGAGUACUUAGUCCAAGAAUUUACUCAGCUUGGAAGGCCUCCGAAUGAUAUUGAGCUCUUCAUGUUUGCUCAGGUAAACUCCGAGCACUGCCGUCAUAAGCAGUUUAAUGCGACUUGGACUAUAGAUGGCGUGACUAAAGAUUUGAGUCUAUUCGACAUGAUCCGCAAUACGCACAAGAAGACACCCGACUAUACUGUCUCUGCCUAUAGCGACAACGCCGCAGUAAUGCAGGGCGAGAUGGGAAGCUAUUGGGCCCCUGAUUAUGCAACCGGGUCAUGGAAGCUUAAUAAAGAAGUCGUGCAUGUACUAGCCAAAGUCGAAACUCAUAAUCAUCCUACCGCCAUUUCUCCUUUCCCAGGUGCUGCCACUGGAUCAGGCGGAGAGAUUCGUGACGAGGCUGCUGUUGGAAGAGGAUCAUCCACCAAGGCUGGUCUAAGUGGAUUUUGGGUCUCCGAUCUUCUCAUUCCAGGCCAUCAUGCCUGGGAGACUGACAUUGGUCGCCCGGCACAUUACGCUAGUAGUCUGGACAUCAUGCUUGAGGCGCCUAUCGGCUCGGCUCGAUUCAACAAUGAAUUCGGCCGCCCUGCUCUUACCGGUUGUUUCCGUACGCUCUUAACAGAUGGUACCAAUAAGAACAAUCCAGAAUCAUCGGCGGCAACAGAAUGGCGAGGCUACCACAAGCCUAUCAUGAUUGCUGGUGGACUUGGUCGUGUCAGACCGGCACACGCACUCAAGAAUCCGACCGAUGUGCACGAGGGAGCUCAUGUUAUCGUGCUUGGCGGUCCGGCCAUGUUAAUCGGCCUGGGGGGUGGUGCUGCGUCUAGCAACGCUUCAGGAGAAGGCACUGCAGACCUCGACUUCAACAGUGUUCAGCGGGGUAACCCUGAGAUGCAACGUCGAGCUCAGAUGGUAAUCGAUGCGUGUGUUAGCCUGGGAGAUAUGAACCCUAUUGCAAUGAUACACGACGUCGGUGCUGGAGGAUUAUCCAACGCUCUUCCGGAAUUAGUUAAAGAUGCCGGUUUCGGGGGCAAGUUCGAACUGCGUCAAGUCGAGAGCGCAGACCCCAGCUUGAGUCCCCUCCAAAUAUGGUGCAAUGAAGCCCAAGAGCGUUACGUUAUGUUGGUCAACAACGAAGGAAUGAGUCGAUUCGUGAGCAUCUGCAGACGCGAACGCUGUGGCUUCUCAGAUGUCGGCACUGUGGUGUCUGAAGAUGAGGAUGGCGUGCCUAAGCUUGUUCUAACAGACAAAAAUGCCAAAGAUGGUGUAGCGUCCCGACCUAUCAAUCUCCCGAUGUCAACUUUGUUUCCUCCGGGCCGUCGAUUGCAGCGCAUAGUCGACUCCAAGAAGCCAACGCUACCUAAAUUUGAACCAAUUGCCAGCUUGAGGGCGGCGUUUGGAGCUAGAUCAACUGGUGCUGAGCUCCUGAGGAAUGCUCUCCAGAGAGUUUUCUGGAUGCCAGCCGUAGGGUCGAAGUCAUUCCUGAUUACCAUCGGAGAUCGAACUGUCGGAGGUCUUACUGCGCGGGACCAAAUGGUAGGACCGUGGCAAACACCUGUAGCUGAUGUUGCGGUCACAGCUACGUCGUUUAACCUAGGAGUGAAGACAAGGCACGGCGAGGCAAUGGCUAUGGGUGAAAAGCCAACCCUUGCCUUGAUAUCUCCUGCCGCGUCCGCUCGCAUGGCGGUAGCCGAGAGCUUAAUGAAUCUGGCCGCUGCCGAUAUCAUGGGCGACCUAAGACGGGUUAAGCUGUCCGCCAAUUGGAUGGCAGCUCUAAAUCACCCAGGAGAAGGGGCUGCUCUCUACGAAGCGGUUGAAGCUAUUGGGCUUGAUAUGUGUCCUCGACUAGGAAUAAGUAUACCUGUGGGUAAAGAUUCGACUUCUAUGAAGACCACUUGGAAGGACCGUGAAUCCGAGAAGACCAAGAGCGUUACUGCGCCUGUUUCAGUUGUCAUCUCAGCAUUCACAAUCGUCGACGAUAUCAGGAGGACCUGGACCCCCCAACUUCGACGGCCUGAAGAAGUAGGGGAGACAGUUCUUAUGUUUGUCGACCUAGCGAUGGGUAGGAAGGCGAUGGGAGGAUCUGCCCUUGCCCAAUCAUUUGGUUACGUGGGAGACGAGGCUCCGGACGUACGAGACAUAGAUCUGAUCACGGACUACUUUGAUGCGAUAUCUCAAUUGCAUCAGAGCGGAGUUGUCCUCGCAUAUCAUGAUAGAUCUGACGGAGGAUUGAUCACUACUGUUGCUGAAAUGAUGUUCGCUGGACGAUGUGGAGUUGACCUCAUGAUGGACGGAAUUUCUAAUUCUGGCUCGAUUGAGGACAUGAUUGAUGCUCUAUUCAACGAAGAAUUGGGCGCCGUGUUCCAAGUGCGAGCAUCGGAUGAGACAAACUUCAAGAGAUGCUUCGCAACUUGUGGACCACCUCCCGGCAUGAUUAAGAAGUUCGGCAGCGUACAACCCAAGUCAAAGCAGUCUUUGACAAUUCGUUACGGAACGACACCUAUCGUCAGCCUUGAUAGAAAGGAGAUACAGCAGUGGUGGGCGAAGACCUCAUACGAAAUGCAGAAGCUUCGAGACAACCCGACCUGCGCCGAGUCUGAAUAUUCUAUCAUUCAGGAUCAAACUGACCCGGGUAUCUCCUACAAACUUACUUUUGAUCCCACUGAUACGAUCUUACCGCUCACAGCCUCCAUAACGGGUUUCUUCGGCAAGAAUCCUCGUGUGGCUAUUUUGAGGGAGCAAGGCGUCAACGGACAUGCUGAAAUGGCAUUUGCGUUUAAGGCAGCAGGGUUCGACCCAGUCGACGUUAUGAUGACGGAUAUCAUUUCCGGUCGUUCCCUGUCCGAUUUUGUGGGAUUGGCUGCCUGUGGCGGCUUCUCUUAUGGUGAUGUGCUUGGAGCCGGACAAGGCUGGGCCAAAUCUAUCCUGAUGCACGAGAAUUCCCGACGGGAGUUUGAGGAGUUCUUCAAAAGACCAGACACGUUCGCUCUGGGAGUCUGUAACGGCUGCCAGAUGCUAUCGCGAAUAAAGGAACUCAUACCUGGCACGGAACAUUGGCCGAUAUUCGAAGAGAACACUAGCCAACAGUUCGAAGGGCGUUUCAGUAUGGUUAAGAUUGAAGAUAACCAGAAGAGUCCUUCUGUAUUCCUUCACGGCAUGCACGGCUCGGCAUUCCCGAUUGUCGUCUCACAUGGCGAAGGAAGGGCAUCCUUUUCUUCAACUAGCUCGUUACAAGCUCUUGACGCUGCAGGAAUGAUUCCGAUUCGAUACGUUGACAAUUACCUGAACGUGACCGAGAAAUACCCCUUCAACCCCAACGGCAGUCCUGGCGGUGUCGCUGGUGUAACAAGCGAGAACGGUCGAGUCUUAGCCAUGAUGCCUCAUCCCGAACGAACAGUGGUAGCGGAUACCGCAUCAUACGCACCGCUAAGCCUCCUCGAGCAGUGGGGAGAAUUCGGACCAUGGGUAAGGUUAUUUAGGAGCGCUCGAAGAUGGGUAGGAUAGACGAGUUUCAAAAGGAGUGUUUGUUCAGCUACGGGUUAGCAUAAAAUGUUUCUUGUUCAGGACGUACACCGUCCGAAUACGUAUCGGCUUAACCCGAUGAUUUACAUAUUUAGCAUGUACGAUGGCACCAAAAAUGAAACUUGCUAUUAGAAACGAGGCGUCAAAGAAUGCGAUCUACUUUACUCAUGUGAGCCUACAGCCAUGCAUCCGUCUCGGCAAAUCUUGCACCAAAGUACGUAUGGUGCUGCCUCGCUUAGAGUUGUCUCCACGAGACGACGGUGUCGAACACGAGGAAAUGCAGACGACUCGGGAUCGCAUAUGGAUCGAGGCAUCGAGGCGGAAAGAAAA